CCUACUUUCCUACAGUCCGGGGAACACACAAUGACACUGGCAACUAGCCUGGAAGCUAACUUGGCUAAUCUGAUUUAUCGUCUGGGCUAAGCGCUCCCGACGUUUCCAGGGAUUAACAAUUUUCGUUUUGCAUAUUUGUCUUUUAACUUACAAUCCACUCAUCAGCAAAAAUAACCCUGUGAGAACAAUGGCGUCACUUGGAGAGCCUGUGCGAUUGGAAAGAGAUAUUAAUCGUGCCAUUGAGCUGUUGGACAAACUGCAGCGAACAGGGGAAGUGCCUCCACAGAAGCUGCAGGCUCUGCAGAGGGUCCUCCAGAGUGAAUUCUGCAACGCAGUCCGAGAAGUUUAUGAACAUGUUUAUGAGACUGUGGACAUCAACAGUAGCCCUGAGGUCCGGGCCAAUGCUACAGCAAAGGCCACGGUGGCGGCUUUUGCAGCAAGUGAAGGGCACUCCCAUCCUCGUGUGGUGGAACUGCCCAAAACUGAGGAAGGUCUGGGCUUCAAUAUAAUGGGCGGCAAGGAGCAAAACUCCCCAAUCUACAUCUCCAGAAUCAUUCCGGGGGGAAUAGCAGAUCGGCAUGGUGGGCUGAAGAGGGGCGACCAGCUGCUGUCUGUCAAUGGAGUGAGUGUGGAGGGAGAGCACCAUGAGAAGGCUGUGGAGCUGCUGAAGGCGGCCCAGGGCACAGUGAAGCUGGUGGUGAGAUACACUCCUAAAGUCCUGGAGGAGAUGGAGUCUCGCUUUGAGAAAAUGAGGUCGGCAAAGCGCCGACAACAGAACAACUAUCCCCAGUAGGAUUUUCUCAUUCUGAUGCCCAGUCCCUCGUCCUCCUCCAGCCUCCAGGCCAUCUGUUUGGGUCUAUUUCCUCUACCCAGCACAACAUGUGUAACAAACAAGCCCAACUUAGAUGUAGUUACAUUCACAAACACCAGACUUUUAACAUUUUAACACUGUUUUGUUUCUAAAACACUUUUGCUUAACACUAGAUGAUUGUCAUUCUGGAUGGGCACUGCAUUUUGUGACUUAGUUUUUAGUUGACAAAUUGAAUGCAAUUGGAGAUCAACUACAAUGCUCCUUCAACUGGUAGUGUUUUUAAUACUUUGGUCACAGCCACUACCAAGUGCCUCAGGGCAUAGCUAUUUUUGUAUGUAAUGUGUACUGUACUCCUUUUUGUUUUUAAAUGACUACUGGUAAUGGCUGGUUACAGUUACAUAAACCAAAUCUCUCCCUGAAUUCUUCACAAACAUGUUAGGGAAGGAACUAAAAUAGCGAAGUGAAUUGUUUAUUUUUGUCUUUUUGUUUUAAGAGGAAAAAACAUCCAGUGUACAUGUUUUUCAUUAAGUGUAAGUUUUUGAUCUGUUUUUUAUUGGUGUUUUUGCAUCAUUUGCAUUAAUUGUACAUCAUCUCAAAGUUUCACCUUGGUUUAUUGUCUCACAUAACAUUUGGAAAAGCUUUUUAAUCAUUUCAACCACACUAAAAUAUGUCAUGUAUAAAAACAAUGAUUAUAUAUUUGCAUUCAGACAUUUCCUUUCAUCUGUUAUUUUUUAUGAAAUAUGCCCUGGCAAAACUGUGGCUUAUUUAUUUAUACAUUCAUGUUUUUAUUUUAUUUUAGAUGCAAUAUACUGUACAUAGCAAAGAAGAUGUAAACUAGGCUUAAGGUGAACAAGCCAUAGUAGCUGUCCCAUCUCAGACAGGCUUGUCAGUGGCUCUGUAACUGUGUUGGAUAAAAGACUAUGAUUUGUUUGAGUGGCAUUAUGAAAGUCGUAUGCUGUUCUAGUUUUUGUUACUUAGAGUUGCAGUUAAUUUCACAACAUGCAGGUCCACUGAUUGUCUGCUGUCUAAUGUGGCUGGUUUUUAUUUUUUAUUUUAGUCACUAUGGCUUAUUUUAGUUACUAUGGCUUGAUAAUUGUGCUCAGAGAAGGAUGUUUGGUGCUUAUGUGCUGUAAAAUAUGCUUAAUGUUUAAAAAAAAUGAUGCUAUGUUUUGAUAAACAUGUUUUUCCAAAUUCAUUAAUAUCACAUUUACAAAGAAAAUCUUUGAAUCAUUUUUGUUGUCUAAAUUAACUACAAUUGUGCUUACAUUUUGAAGCAGAUGGUCAAAUUUGAAUGAUACACAGCAAAUAAAUGUGUAAUUUACAGUAAUAAUCUAUGCAAGAUCAGUAAUGGGAAAACUUCCAUUGAUGUUGAUGGUACAAACAACUGUAAUUUUAGUGUUGAAUGUUAAAUUUCAACCUGUGUGAAAUGCAAUAUCACAUGCUUAAAUCUUUUGGAAAUUGCAGCUACAAUUUAAGCUUGCAGCAUACAGAUAAAACACCAGAAAUGUAUAUAAGCUAUCAAUACAGCUUUCACACACUUGCUCAUAUUGGCUACUCACAAUACUUGGCAUGUUGCUGCAAAAUCACAUCUGUUCAUUAUCCUUGCAAUGCACUCUUUACCUUUCUAUCUUUUUGUCCUUCGUCUCUUCAAAUGGUCAAUAGAGUAUUUUUUAUAAUAGUUUUCUUUUGAUAUUUUCUCAAUUUUUAUAAGUGAAUUUCCUAAAAAUAAAAUAACUCGAGGAAUGUCUGGUACUUAAUUUUGAUCAAGUACCAUGGCCAUAUCAGCCAAGUUGCAGAAAACUAGCAUAGAUGUACGGUGAGAAAGCGGUCCAGCCUAAAUUGUUGCUAUUUUCUGAGAUGUUGGCAAAUUUUCUUUUGUUUUAGGACCAAAUUUGCUGCAUUUGUGAAACUUUUGAUAACGGUUUGAAAUGUGUGAUGCUCGUUGGCUUCUUACCUGUAGGAUUGUUGCGGUUAUGUCUUCUCUGUUUUGCUCUUUACUGUUCUUAAUGUUGAAUGUAAAAUGUGAUGUAGACCAUUAGUGUUCACAAUUUAGGCUUAAUAAACUGCUUGAAGUUGUGACUUUUCAAUUGA